AUGGUUAGAACCCUGCGACAAUCACUGCGCUUGUCUCAGUCCUUGGCAAGCAGUGCUACCGCUGGUCUGGAUGUGUGGGGGGGAGCUGCGUCUGUCGCCGAAGACGUGCGCUCUGCAGAAGCGUGGCAGAGCAGGGUCGAGACGGUCGAGUGGUUUUGCGAUCAGUUCAAAGAUUUGCUGAUUGCAAACCCAAAGUUGUUUGAGUUUAUGUCGCCAUUGCUGGUUGUCGACGAUCAACUGUGGGAGGCAGGGUUAGAGGAAGCCAGACAUGCCUUGGCAUUGCAAACAACAUCAUCUCCUGACAAGGACCCUGAUCCAUCGGCAGUCCAGCGAAUCAACAAGCGGCUAAGAAUUUUCAUGUCAUUCCUUCGAGAACAUGGUAAGGAAAUCAGAAUGUGUCCAGAAAGCUUGGCAGCGCUACCGAACCCCUUCAAUGAUGCCACUCCAAAGCGGCAGUGGGAAUCCGCUUGCUAUCAGUGCAGGCAGCUGUGGCGCUCUGCGCAGCAUUCUACAGCUCUCCCUGAGACACCUUCUUCCGAUGUGUGGGGCGGUUCUGAGAUUGUAGUUCGAUUUGCGGUGACAGGCGAACAGCUUUUGCUGCUGAGGGUCCCAAGUGAGGAACAGAGCUUGCUUGACUUGGUCAGAUCAGCAGUGAGCUCUGCUGGAUGGUGCCACCGCUUCUGUGUGGUUGCGAGUGCAUCUGGCCACUUGAUUUCGGAACAUUGCACAUGGCAGAGCGCCGGCGUGCCAAGCGGUGUAGAUGUUAUUCUACUACCGCUGACACGGGAGUUCACACAGCAGAUGUUUGAAGCCGUCGGAAGUGGUCGGGCGCGCGCUGUCAAGAACUUUCUUCAGCAAGGGCAAGACCCCAACAGCCGGUCAGAUGGCGUUCCGGUCUUGAUCGCUGCCAUCAAUUCGAUGAGCGCCGAAGAAGAGCUUGUGACUUUGCUGGUUGAUGGUGGCGCAGACCCAGAUGCCUGCGAUGACAGGCAGGUUCCGGCAUUGCAUUAUGCCAUGUUGAGCUGCAGGCCUGCCCUUGUGAACAAGCUUCUGAAUAGCAAGGCUAACCCACACGUACGAGAUCAUCGCCUCAACACUGCCCUGCACACUGCCGAGUUUUCGCGGCUGGAGAGCGUGCAGAGUCUGCUGGCGCACAGGGCUGACCCAUUGGCGGAGAACGUUGACGGUGACACACCCUUUUCUCUGUGCAAGCAUAGCGCUGACAUCAAUGCUUGCAUCAUGGAAAAAGCUUGGGGCCGUCUCACUAUGCAGCACAUUCUUGUCAAGUGCUUGGGAGAUCUCUCUCAGUGUUGCGCUUUGCAACAGCUACAACUUACAUGCGUGACCAUCCACAAGCAAUACACCAGCCUCAGCAUAGAGUAUGCGCAGGGAAGCUCGUCAGAGGUCGAUCAACCAGAUCAAGGCCUUGCUGAUGCACAGAUUGAUGCUGUAGGUGGAUCGAGUCAAGCAGGAAGCUCACCCAACCAGUGCACAUUGUCGGAGCUACAAGCCCGCACAAUCAGGCACAACAAGUCAGUGGCGAAACGCCGACGCAUGGAAAUGAUGGCGGUGUCCACCACAACAACCAGAAGGAUGGGCUCUAGCAAGUUGAUUGGAGAAGGCUUGCUGUGCAAGACUGGCAUGGGCCAUUUAUUCCCCACAUUCCUUUUGCAGGCGUCUGUUCGCAGUACGAGCAUCGACGACGCCAUGCAAGCAGAGCAGGUGCCCAUCCUUGACCACUUCCAAAUCUUGCACGCGCAUGCCCGCGAUGAUGCCCUCACAUUUCACCCUGAGACACAUUCGUACUACAUCAACGGAACCAAAACUCAUGGGAGUGUCACUAGCCUGAUCCACAGGUUUGUGCACCCUUUUGAGUCAGACGCCAUCAUUGACAAAAUGAUAUGUAGCGAGAACUGGCCACGGCCUGACUAUCUCAAGUCAUACAUUCACCCACAAGACUUUGCUGACCUGUCAAUGUGCCCAGAGGCAGCGGAAUUAGUUUCUUUGCUGGGUGUGCGCGGUUCAAGGUCUCAUGAAAUCUGCCGACUUGCUCAGUCGCUGAAGCGUCGCCACCCGGCCUUGAAAAGUUUAGUGAAUGCCAUUGCCAUGAGCCCAUCGCAGAUUGUGAAAAAAUGGACGCUGCAGAAAGAAGAGGCAGCGUUGCUGGGCACAAGAAUGCACGCAUGCCUCGAGUGCAUUUUGAACGGUGGAGAUUGCCCUGAGACUGCAGAAGUUCAGCUGAGACCAAUCAUCAAGGAAGAAGAUGGCUCUGCUGGUGCCAUUGUCGAAAUGGAUGUGGAAGUGGAGCAAGCAACGUUUGAGGACAGCGACGGCGACGUGACAGUGUGGGAUACGAGCGCGUCUUUUGAUGUGUCAUCAGAAUCAUUCCGCGGGUCCUUGGCGUGCGGAAUCGACAGCAGCAGCGUAGUUCUUUUUGGGCUCGCUGAAAUUGAGCAAGGCAUGCUCCAAGAUAGCGCUAUCAGCAUCACAGAACAGAUUUCGCAAAAUCUUAUGGACCUUUCUGCAGCUGGCUCGGACGGUGACAGCUAUGCUGGAGAAGUCUGGCAAGAGAGCGAAGAAAGCGAUGUGCUGUCAGAUGCUUUUGAAUGGUUGGACUCUGAAGGGAAAGUUACAGUGGAUACUAGCCUGGUUGAAAAGUUAGCGCAAGAAGCUGUCGAGCAGUUGAAGGUCAAGUCUGCAAUCAAACGGCUCUUGCUGGACUCUGCAGCGCAGCGCAACCCCUUGACAAACCUCCUGCCUUUGCAUCCUUCAAAUUGGUGGCCUUUGGUCGAGGAUGCAUUUUCUUCGCCCGUUUGCAGAAAUUUGUCAGAGAGCCUGCUCGCGAAGGCAAUGGACCAUGCGGAAUGUUCCUACUUGUCGAUAGAUGGCACCUUUCGUGUUUGUCUAUCAUUGCUCGGACAGCCCAAAUUUAAUGAUCCACCUAGUGUUCGGCAGCAGUUCCCAUACACAGGAGAGAGUUCCAUCACCCGAGUGAUUUCCAUCAGAGGUCGGAGCGGCGCUGUCUUAGGAUUGAUCCCUGCAGCUGGUGAAGGGCCUUCUCACAUACUGCACUGCUUGCAAUCAGCGCUGCCUGAGCGAGGGCUACAGCAGGUUGAGCACAUUGCAGUUGACAACCCUUCAGGCAAGCUCUUUCAAGAGUUGAAGGGCACCUUGCGCAAACUAACCAGCGUGUCCUUAGACCCUACUCAUGCCUGCAUGCACUACGAGCAGGCGCUUGGCAAGCAUCGUUCCGCCGGAUCUGGUACGCUGCGAAAGUUUAUGGCCAAGUUUUGUGGACGAGACCCUGAUAUCACGGCCAACAUAUGGGGGCCCAUGUUUGAGGGCAACAACUGUCCAAGAAUCACUGGCCAAGAGCAAAAACUUCGCGAAGAAAUUAAAUCAGGGUCGAUGCCAGCACGAAAAGCACAACAGGUGUUGAGCGCCUCGGAUGCCCUGAAGGUGUGGCCAACCCGCUUGCAGUUCGUGGAAGCCAUAGCUGCUCUGGCAGCAGUUCACAGUGAAGACUUGGCCAGAAAGAUUGACGGCGCAAAGAUCACAGUUGCCACCAUCCUAUACAACCUGACUGCGGGUGACCGCAUGGAAUGGUUGUUCAACUGCUUGCGCUACCGGCACUUCCUUCCCGAAGCUGUCCGGGUACUCUUACCGUCUGGUACAGCUUCGAAUGAGGCGUUGCAUGCGGAGAUCAACGCUUGGUUCCGCCAGGUCCAGCAAAUGCAUCGCAGCACUCUUGCCCUGAAGCUCCGCAUACAACAGCUUGGCAAGCUAAUCCCUCACAUGGUGGCGUUGCAUAGCCCUACAUCGCGUCAAAUGCCCGAAGGGCAUCUUCUGGCACGCUAUUUGGGCAAUCCGCUAUGGUCAACAAGUGCGUGGGCGGAGUGGCUCUCACAACGACAAGUUGACUUGCCUCUUGCAGACCAAAGAAAAUCGGAGAAGCGGACAGUUGCUGACGCAGGAUUGAACAUGAGAAGACCAGCAGCUCAACGUACAAAAAAACGCACGCCUUUCACUUUAGAGCGGCGUCCUGGGUUGUCCCGGGCAGGCGUGUACAUGCGGAAACCUGCCAAGAUAUCCUGA